AUGAACUUUGAGACUGAGCCACAGAAAGAGAUAAUAGGCCAGAUGACUAAAAGCUUGCAUUUUGAGCUGUUUGAAUGCAUUUCACCCAUUGUUGCCUUUGCAGCUGUACUGGAGCACUUGAAGAAACUGGAGAAAUGUGCCAACGAGCUGGCCACAGAGCAAAUGGAAGCACAGCACAGGGCACAGGUUCUGGAGCAAGAAAAAGCAGUUGUCCAGAGACUGAGAUCAGAAAGGGAUGCACUGAGGACCAGAGUGAUGGCACAGUCUGGUGGACCCAUAUUGCAUAUUCUAGCAGAGACACGAACAGUCUCAACGCAACAAUUGGACCUGGUGGAUGUCAGUACCACGUUGCUGCAAGAGAAGGUCAAGACUCUUCAGGACAUUCUGGAGGCUUAUCACCUUACAGGGAUUAGUGCAAAGGCGAGAGAGCCGAACUCUACAUUCACUUUCUGUAUCAGCACUGCAUAUGAGGGCACAUACCUAGAUUCCUAUUACCUGGACAUUCAGAUCCAGCUUCCUCGCAAGAUCAUUCGUCACAACAUUCCUGCCUUCAUCCCACUCGAGCAGACGGCUCACACCUACCUACAGCAAGACCUGCGGCAAUUCAUGGAUGUGCUGCGCAAUGCCAUGAAUGCCUACACCAGCAGAAGAUAUCAGGUGGAGCAGUUGCAGGAACACCAUGCUGCAUCCCUGACGGGCCAAGUACAGAGGAAUGCUGGGUAUAACUCAUUGAAGCUUCAGUAUCCAAUUCAGUGUGGGGACAUGGAGCACAGUGUCCAGGUGAAGCUGGUCUAUAGGGAUCUUGCAAGCUACCUUCCAACUGGAGUCACACUCACCUGUAUAGGGGCUGAUGCAGAAUUUGUGGAGACAAAGUUAGAACAUCAUCGGCAACUCUUCCGAAACAUGGAACUUCACCGAGUAUUUGACAUCUUAAAGCUGCAGGAAGAAGUGGUUAUAUCAGGCAACAGCCUCCCGACAGUACACAGCUCGGCCGGCCCCUCCUCCGAGUGAAUACCUUACAUACCUCACCACCCAAAGUACAAAGAGGCUAUGGAAGAGGGGGCAGGGGGCAAGUUGGGUUGAUCUUGAAGCUAUGCGUUAUUCUUCAGUUAAAGGGAUGACUGAUUCUGUAACAUUUGCUGUUUUCUGCAUCUUUUUGUUUGGACUGGAGUGUCAGCUGUGGCUCAGUGGGUGUUGCUAGUAUUCUGAACCAAGAGGUCAUUGAGUUCAAUCCCCACGCCAGAGAUUGAGCAUAUAACCCAGGCUUUUCAUUAUUGAGGGAGUGCUGAGAAAGUGCCACAGCAUAAGAAGACAGUACCGGGGAAGUGCUGCGCUGUGGAGGGUGGCAGUCAGUACCAAGGGUGCACUGCACUGCCGGGGUGUCAGUACUGAGGGAGUGCUGCAUUGUUGGGCAAGUGGGGUGGGUCAGUGCUGAGGGAGAGCCACACUGUCAGAGGGUCAGUGACAGUGCAGCAU